ACAUGCUCGUGAAAUUGCGAGUGAACGUCACAUGUUCGAUGUUUAUUGUUGUGAUGAAAUUGCGUAUUAACAAAAUUUCAGAGCAGUUUCGAAAAAAAUUUGACUUUUAUCACUUUAAUCAAUUUGAAAUAUUUUUUUUUUGUCUUAAGAAAUCUUUAUUGAUGAUAAGCACAACCAUGUAAAAUUUUCAAACCAGAUUAGGAAUGAUCCUUGAAUUUUUUUCCUCAUUUAUUUGCUAGCGGUCAAAUUUUGUAUCUUAAAAAAAUAAUUAAGUGUAUUGACAAUGUCUUUGGAAUCGAAAUAUGUCCACGCUUCUCGAUUUGCGCAAUUUUUGAGGACAAAUGGUCACAAAGUAAUUGAUGGCUCUUGUAAAUUAUCCCUCACAACAUGUGCUUUAUACUUCUUAAAUACAGUAUUUGUAAAAGUAAUGAAUAAAGAAUGGCCUGGCUUGUUGAAUAUAUCAGUAUCAGAUGCAGAGAAUAUCACUACUGAUAUAAGAUAUAUAUAUGAUUUUAUAAAAAGGACUCCUUCAUUGAAGCUUUUCCAUACUGGAGAGACCUUGAGAGGUGGUGUAGAUCUUUCUCAGUUUACAAACCUCAAAGUUUUAGAGAUUAGAAAGAUGCCACUUCAUUUAAUAAUUGGCUUUGAUUGUUUAUCUGCUCAAUUAAAAGUUCUGAUUUGUUGUAGAAGUAUAUAUUUACUAAAGGAAAUUUUUGGGCAGUCUUUGAAUUCUGAGAAAGAAUCUUAUUCAUGGCCUGAAUUAAAGGAACUGAAUCUCUCAUGUAACUAUUUGACAAGUUUAGAUCAAUCUCUUAGAAAUGUACCUAAUGUUGAAAUACUUCAUUUAAGUCAGAACCAUAUAAAAAAUGUUGAUGGAAUUCAAGUAUUAAAGAAUCUUAAAUUUGUGAAUCUAAAUUACAAUGAGCUGGAGCAUAUACCAGUUUUCAAUAUUGCUAGUUGCCGAUCACUUACAAAACUGUACUUAAAGAAUAAUAUGUUGGAAGACUUGGAAGGUAUAGACUGCCUUUUUAAUUUAGAGGAACUUGAUGUUAGUAACAAUUUGCUGUCAACUUAUCAUGUUUUAAAUCCUUUAGAUAAACUAAAGGUCUUAAAAGUGUUAAACCUUGAAGGAAAUCCUCUUUAUUUCCACAGCCACCAUCAGAUAUUUGUAGCAAGUUACAUUAAUCAGUAUGCAUUGAUGAAUGGCUUUCAGCUCAAUGGAAAAAUACUUCUACCUACACAAGCAAUGCUCUGUAAUGUAAAGGAAACCUGUGAAGUUCAUCAUACCAAUAAUCAUCAGACUUCAAUAAAUACUGUUGUAGGUGAUGCACAAACUGUAAAUUGUGCUCCUCGGGUGACAGACUUUUUAACCCGAAGUAUCUCUGAACUGUCUGAAAGAAGUAGUUAUGAAGAAAACAGUGUUUCUUCCCUUACGAGUCAGAGUGGUGCGGAACAGCUAGCUGUUGGUACUAAAGAUCCAACAAAAAAAAAUUGUAGGCGGAAAUCAAAAACCGGAAAAAAGUUGAAGAAAACUCGAGAAGUUUUAAUAAAUGAGCAAGCAUAUGAAGAAUCUGAUGUCAUUUCACAACCUGUAACUGUAACAGAAACUGUUGUUCCAAGUCAUAUUAGGGCAAAAGAACUGAUUGAAGCCAGGCGUCUGGAAAAGGGAGAAGCAUGGCUAAUUCCAGACCAUCCAUUUCAAAAAUUAUCAAUCACUACUCCACAAGUUCCUGCCAAUACUCCAUUGUCUAAUACUGCUUCACCUAGAACUGUUUCAGAAAAUGAACUCAUUUCAAGAAUUACUAAUUCUCUUGGAACCCUAACUGCUUGUUCUCUUGAAAAUGAUAAAAUGCUUUCAUCUGCACAUAUACCAAUGCAAUCUGAAAGUGGGUCUAUACCUAUGCCACCAACUGACUUUUCUAAUUCUGAUGACCAAACAUCUCCUAUACCAGAUGACAAAGAACUAAAAGAAAUUUUGAAUAUGAAUGCUGAUAGUAAUUCUCCUGAUUUAAAUACUCAACUUCCACCUGAAAAUGAUGACAUUGAGAUACUUAAUUCUAGCUGUAAUGAAGAGUAUCUUGAUCCUCAAUUAUCCAUUAGCAAAGAUGAUUUAUCUGACAGUGAUAUUUAUAAAAAAAAUACAGUUUCUGUCAAUUAUGAUGAAGAGCAUGAAGAUUUAGAGUCUGAAGAUGAACUAGAAGACACUAUAUUCUUUGUUGAAAUUAAAACUAGCUCAAAAGAAGGAUUUAAAAAGAAGCCGAUUUCUGUCAUGGUUGGAUCAAAUUACAUAAAAGAGAAGGAUAUAAUAUCUGGAAAAUUUCUUGAUCGUCUGGAUUUGAAUGUCUUGCAAUCUGUUGAAAGAAUUGUAACUACUGAGAAUGACAGUAUGAAGAAAUGGUAUGAAAUUCAUUUGGAGUUUGAUACAGUUAAAUCAUCUAGGCAAAAAAGAAUAUAUGUGUUAAAGGACAUUGAAUCUACCAAGGACUUGCAAAAAGUUUUACAACCCUUUGCAGAUGCAAAAACUUUAAAAGAAGUUACUCUUGGUGCUCUGGAGUGCAUCAAAUGUGGCUCACAAUUUUCAAAACAAGUUGCUCACAAAAAAUUAAUAAUGACUAAGAAGCAUGCAUUUGGAAAAGAAGAAUUUCCCGAGGAAAGAGAUGCAUGUCCCAACUGUGGGAAUCAUAUACUCGUAGAAAUGGAUUCAUUCCCUGUACCAUCAGCUGCUGUGCCUCCAAGUAUAGAUGAUCUACUAAUUAAAGGUUCAAAUGCAUCUCCUGAUACUAUUUCUAAUGGAUCUGGAUCUUCUGGCAAGCUUUUUUCUAGUUUAUUUUCUUCAAUGAAGAUUUCACCUAUUUUAAAAAGGAAACCUGCUUUGAGGUCACAAACUUCUCAAGUAAGUGAUUCAAGUGCAUCCACUAAGGACUGGGUAACUAACCAGAAUAAUGAUUUUAAAGCAACAACAAGUGAAAGUACUUUAAGAAGAAAUUCCAGCGAUGUGACCAUUAUCAGCAAUCCAAGUCAAAGUAGUAUAGCUGUAAUUCCUGACCCUGAACUCAACCUCAAUACUAUUGUUGAGAAGAAUUCUCAAUCUUCUUUAUCACCUCCAAUAUCUCAAGAUAGUAUUUAUUACAAAGCUCAUAAUACUUCAGAGUCUGAGGAGCAUGCAGAAGUUUGUGAAACUGAGGCACAAAAUGCUGUGAACCCAAAUCCAGAUGAUCAUCCUCGUUCGACAAAUGGAACCAAUGAUUUUUUUUCUGUAAAUGGCGAUAGUGUUAAUGAAAGUGCCAGCCAUUUUGUGACAAAAGAUGCUUUAUCAAGUGGGUCUGAGCAAUAUAUAUCACCUUCCAAGAGCAUAACGUCGCAUAAAUCAAAAUCUAAUUCUCCAAAUGAAACAAAAGAAUUAGAUGAAGUGUCUCAAAUGCUUAACAUAUUAGGUGAAAGAAUAACAAUAACUCAUGAUGCCUUUACUGAAAUCGACCACAGAUUGAAACUUCAUUUAGAAAUGAAUAUAUUUGGAGACGAUGAGCAGUUGGAAGCAUGCUUACAAACUUCUAUUGUGCCUUUAUCUUCUGGUGAUGAGUUUACAGGCUUAUUUGCUUUAUCUACAAAGAAGUUGUAUAUAAUCAAGUUUCUACCUCUCUUUCAUUUAAGUCUUAGUAAAAGUGAGCCAAUUGAAAAGGUCAUCCAGGUUGUUCAUUCAAGUUCUCACAGUCAUUUGAAGCAGAUCAAAGCAAUUCUUGGAAACCAAGGCCUGACAUUUGUGUGUGGAUCAAAUUCCCAAGUAUUCACUUUAGUAAUAAGAGAUGCCGACAUUUGCAACUCAUUUUCUUCAUUGCUGUCUGAUUACAUUCAAGAACAUCAAAAUACUUUUGGGGAAGUGAAAUUCUUAUCUAGUGCUGAUGAAACUAUGCAGUUGCUGAAGGAUUCAGUGUUUUUAUCCAAUGCAGAAUGUGAAGAAAUGCCUGAAAUUCUAUUACAUCAGUUUGGCUUUUGGUGGAAUAGUCGAGCAGGAGAAAAAAACUCAAGUAUUCCUGUGUGUGUUUUAAUUACUCCUGAACAUAUAUAUGUGUCAAGAGUUCUCUAUAAAAAACAAGAUUCUGCAUCAGAUUCAAGAAAACUUAGCGUCUAUCAUUAUUCUUUAGUGGAUCAUCAGAAUAUGUCUGAUCUUGUUUCUUUGAAACUUAAAAAGGAUUUGAGAAGUGUUGAAAUUAGUUUUCUAAAUGAAACUUCAGCCCAACAGAAUUGUGAUUCAGUGUUUUGGACAGUUAAAAUGGAAACAAAAUCUGCACUCUUUUCGUUUAUUAGUGCUUUGAAAAACCCAUGGGAAGAAAUAUUUGGUGUACCAUUAUCUCUCAGCUGUGAAGAAGAAUAAUUAUUUUCAAGUGCCAUAUGUACAAAAUAUGUUAACAUACCACUCAAUAACUAUAUGUAUAGGUUUAAAAGCGAUCUUUCAGUGGUGCUAUUAGAUCUGUGUACAUGCUCUUUAAGAAUCUCUAGAGUUCCUAUAAAUAAGCUAUUUUUGUACUUCAGUAUCAAACAUUGUAAUAAUUUAAGCAGUUUUAUGAUUAUUUAUUCAAGAUUUGUGAAAGUGAUAACCUGUGUAUUCUUAUUAAAUCUGUUAUAAUAAAUUUAAUAUAUCACCUGUGUUUGUAUAAUGCUUCAUGUAUUCACAUAAUUCAUAAUUUAUUGAUGUGAUUUUCAUAAUCAUUUAUUAUUUGUCAAUCCACAUAUCACUUUAUGUGGGCUAUAAAAGUGUAAUGCGUAUAUUUAGGAUAACCUUUGAUACAUAAUAUAAAUGACUUAAUUUUAUAAUUAAGAGUAUUUAUGAUUGUUAUAUGUGUGGACAAUGUAUUAAAUAUGAUUAUUUAAUUCUGCAAGUCAUGAAAUUGCCAUACAGUCUUUUAUUUUUAAUUAUUUAACUUAUUUUAUAUAUGUACGAAUCUGUUUUUUACUCUUUUAUGUAUAUUUCUAUAUAUUUUGAACAUAUUUAAAACAAUUUUUGACGUAAGUCUUGUUUUUUUUUAACUAUAAAACAAUAUUUAUUGAUUGCCAUUAACAUUCAUUGAUAGAAAUAAUAAUCAUGAUUCUUAUUUAUUCGUAAUGCUCAUUCAUGUACUUGUUAUAUCAUUCAGCUAAAUCAAAUAAACAUUUGAUUGAUAUUAAUUGAAUUUAAAAAAGUAGUGAGAUGUUUUGAUACAUAGGAUAAGCCAAUUUUUAUUUAUAACAUCAGGGUAGAUAUAUCUGAACAGUUCUCUUUGCUAUACCAAAUUUUCCACAAUUGUAACAUCUGAAUUUUGCUGCUUGUAUUUUCUAAAAAAUAAAACAUUUUAAUAUUCUGUGUUA